AUGAAGGCUGUAUAUGUGGCACUGUGCUGCUUUGUGAUCAAUGUGCUAGCAAAUACUGAAGCGUUUUACGUCAAGCUUCCUAAUGUCCAAUUGGAAUCGAAACAAUCUUAUGAACAAAUCACCAUAGAUGAAGUGAACAAAGUAAAAUUUACUGUUCCUUCACCAAACUCACAAAAUCAUUCUUAUAAAUGGUUCAAGAUCUCUGGUGGUAACCCUGGUGAUAUAUAUAAUGCUAGAUUUUCAUGGAGUGCACUGGAUCCAAUUAACGUUGUUCAUUUUGAUUUUGAAACUCUCAAUGAGCACAAUGAAUCUGGCUUAUUCUUAUACUUGGAAACCAAAUAUGAUUGCUAUUCCAAGGAUCAACAGUUUAUGAACUCUGAGCACAAUGUUGAAGCAAAAAUAUCAUACAUGGUUAUGUGUUUGACUUCCUCAAACAUAGUUGAAGAGCUGUAUCCAAAAAUUGAAAAGGUCUUUACUGAAACCACUAUUGUUAAAGAAUAG